GGCGCGGUCCAGCAGGGCUCCCGAGAGUGCCGCUCAGCUUUUGUGCGUCCCCACUGCCACCUGGGCCGCCUGGCAGGCAGGCGACGGAUGCCCAGGAGCCAUGGGCGACUGGGGCUUCCUUGAGAAACUGCUGGACCAGGUCCAGGAGCACUCGACUGUGGUGGGCAAGGUCUGGCUGUCGGUGCUCUUCAUCUUCCGGAUCCUCAUCCUGGGCCUGGCCGGGGAGUCCGUGUGGGGCGAUGAGCAGUCGGAUUUCCAGUGCAAUACGGCCCAGCCAGGCUGCACCAACGUCUGCUACGACCAGGCCUUCCCCAUCUCCCACGUCCGCUACUGGGUGCUGCAGUUCCUCUUCGUCAGCACCCCCACCCUGAUCUACCUGGGCCACGUCAUUUACCUGUCUCGGCGCGAGGAGCGGCUGCGGCAGAAGGAAGGGGAGCUUCGGGCCCUGCCACAAAAGGACCCACAAGUGGAGCGGGCGCUGGCAACCAUAGAGCGCCAGAUGGCCAAGAUCUCAGUGGCAGAAGAUGGCCGCAUGCGGAUCCGUGGGGCGCUGAUGGGCACCUAUGUGGCGAGCGUGAUCUGCAAGAGCGUGCUGGAGGCAGGCUUCCUGUAUGGCCAGUGGCGCCUCUACGGCUGGACCAUGGAGCCUGUGUUUGUGUGCCAUCGACGACCCUGCCCCCACUUCGUGGACUGCUUCGUCUCCCGCCCCACGGAGAAGACCAUCUUCAUCAUCUUCAUGCAGGUGGUCGGACUCAUUUCCCUGCUGCUCAACCUGCUGGAGCUGGUGUACCUGCUGUGCCGCUAUCUCAUCCAGAGGAUAAAGGCUGGACAGGGCCAGGAUUCCUCCCCAGCCCAGGGGACUGCCUCAGAGCCUUACGCUGACCAGGUCUUCUACCUCCCCAUGGGCAAGGAGCCCUCAUCCGAGCCAUGCCCCACCUACAGCGGGCUCUCAUCCACUGAGCAGAACUGGGCCAACCUGACUACAGAGGAGAGGCUGGCUUCUUCCGGGCCCCCCCUUUUCCUGGGCCUGUCCCCCCAGAGUAACCGGAAAUCCCCCAGUAACUCCAGCAGCUCUACUUCCAAGAAGCAGUAUUUGUAGAGGCCUGGGGCUUAUGUCACCCAAUAGUGGAUGCCCCCUCCUCGAAGGCUCUGCAGAGACGACUAGAGCUGGAGGAAGUGGGUGCUUGCUGGUCAGAGGGCCUCACUGUAGGCUGUUUUUGAGCACCUGGGACCUUCCUGGAGACCAGAGGACACCAUGGUCUCCCCUCCAGAAUGUGGUUUUACCCCAGGCACAGACAGAGCCAGCUUGGGGUGCUCCUGGCCAAAGGUGUUGUGGGCUCUCUGGCCUUUUUCACUUGGUUCAGAGGGACCUGGAGCCAGGUUACUCCACCCCCACCAUGAUGGAAGACUCUGCUCCAGCCAGGUUGUCCUCACACCCUCUCCUCACAGGAAGAGGCUGGUCAGGGCUGCUGGGUCGGCCUUGGUUACACACAGAGCCUGUGCUGGAUCUGGCCCUGUCAAGGGGACUGGUGUCUUGUUCUCAUCACUCCUUCCUAGUUCCACUGUUUAUGCUUCUAAAAUAAAUAGGACUUGAUCACAA